AUGGCAUUUAUCAAAGAAGCCUCCUGUACAGCAACUGAGUUACCCUCAAGCUUUGUUGAUAUCCUCAAGGAUGCCAACAAGAUCGGUGUGGCCAAAAAAUGUUGCUGGUUAUGCAAAGAGCUCGGCGAAGCAAUGGGACAGAAUAACCAAACAUUCAGCCUACCUGGAACAAGUGGUCUUGUUUUUUCAUGGGCACCUCCCACGGGCCUGGAUAUAGCCGUGCUACAACAGCUCGAGGACAGAUUGAAAAACAGACUCUUCAAGUAUCUUGAGAAGUAUGCAAAGCAAGCUUUGGAACAAGUGCAGAGCCAUCAGUUGUCACCUACCACCUCUGUUACGGACAUCACUUUGCCAGGCCAUCCAAUCACCAAGGAAAUAGGAUUGGGGUGGAGGCAUGAGCACAGCUAG